AUGUUUUCUCACGACCCCCUAACCGAGGAGACCCGAGAGCUCUUGGACAAGAUGCUGGCGGACGAUGCAGAGGCGGGCGCCGAGGAUGAGAAGGAGGUGGAGGAGCUGAAGAAACAGGGCAUCAACCCCCUGCCCAAGCCACCCCCCGGCGUGGGCCUCCUGCCCACCCCACCCCGCCCACCCGGCCCACCAGCCCCCACGUCUCCGAAUGGCCGGCCCAUGCAGGGCGGCCCCCCGCCCCCACCCCCACCCCCGCCUCCGCCCCCUGGACCCCCUCAGAUGCCCCUGCCAGCGCAUGAGCCGCUGUCCCCGCAGCAGCUGCAGCAGCAGCAGGACAUGUACAAUAAGAAGAUCCCCUCCUUGUUCGAGAUUGUGGUGCGGCCCACGGGGCAGCUGGCUGAGAAGCUGGGUGUGAGGUUCCCUGGACCUGGAGGACCCCCUGGGCCAAUGGGCCCUGGGCCCAACAUGGGACCCCCAGGGCCGAUGGGGGGCCCAAUGCAUCCUGACAUGCACCCUGACAUGCACCCGGAUAUGCACCCGGACAUGCACCCCGACAUGCACCCCGAUAUGCCGAUGGGCCCCGGCAUGAACCCUGGCCCGCCCAUGGGCCCUGGCGGCCCUCCCAUGAUGCCCUACGGUCCCGGAGACUCCCCACAUUCUGGAAUGAUGCCCCCCAUCCCGCCAGCCCAGAACUUCUAUGAAAACUUCUACCAGCAGCAGGAGGGCAUGGAGAUGGAGCCGGGACUCAUUGGGGACGCAGAGGACUACGGGCACUACGAAGAGCUGCCGGGGGAGCCUGGGGAGCACCUCUUCCCCGAGCACCCUCUGGAGCCAGACAGCUUCUCUGAGGGAGGGCCCCCAGGCCGGCCGAAGCCAGGCGCCGGUGUCCCUGACUUCCUGCCCUCGGCCCAGAGGGCCCUGUACCUGAGGAUCCAGCAGAAGCAGCAGGAGGAGGAGAGAGCGAGGAGGCUGGCUGAGAGCAGCAAGCAGGACCGGGAGAAUGAGGAAGGUGACACUGGAAACUGGUACUCAAGCGACGAGGAUGAAGGUGGGAGCAGUGUCACCUCCAUCCUGAAGACGCUGAGGCAGCAGACGUCCAGCCGGCCCCAGGCUUCUGUUGGGGAGCUGAGCAGCAGUGGGCUGGGGGACCCCCGCCUCCAGAAGGGACACCCCACGGGAGGCCGACUGGCUGACCCCCGCCUCAGCCGGGACCCCAGGCUCUCCCGCCACGCUGAGGCUUCCAGCGGGUCAGGCCCAGGUGACACCGGACCCUCUGACCCGCGACUGGCUCGCUCCCUACCCAGCUCCAAGCCCGACGGCGGCUUGCAUUCCAGCCCUGCUGGUCCCGGGGGCUCCAAGGGGUCUGGACCACCCCCGGCAGAAGAAGAGGAAGGGGAGCGGGCCCUUCGGGAGAAGGCCGUCAACAUUCCCUUGGAACCGCUCCCUGGGCACCCGCUGCGGGACCCGCGGUCACAGCUGCAGCAGUUCAGCCACAUCAAGAAGGCCGUGACCCUAAGCCGGCCCAGCUUCGCCCGCACUGUGCUCUGGAGCCCCGAGGACCUGAUCCCGCUGCCCCUGCCCAAGCAGGAGGCCGCGCCCCCCGUGCCUGCUGCCCUGCAGUCUCUGCCGGCGCUGGAUCCCAGGCUGCACCGCGCCGCCACCUCGGGGCCCCCCAAUCCCCGGCAGCGUGCAGGCAACUCCGCAGAUGCCAGCGCGGCUGGCUCCAGCCUGCCUGACUUUGAGCUCCUCUCUCGCAUCCUCAAGACUGUCAACGUCACCGGCCCCUUGGCCACCCCUGGCUCCAGCGACAAGCCCAGUGACCCCCGAGUGCGGAAGACACCCACCGACCCCCGGCUGCAGAAACCCACAGACUCCGCCACUGCCUCCUCGCGGGCAGCCAAACCCGGCCCCGCCGAGGUCCCCUCUCCAGCCGCCAGCCCCAGCGGGGAGUCCUCCCCGCCGGCCACCGCCCCCUACGACCCCCGCGUGCUGGCAGCCGGCGGCCUGGGCCAGGGUGGCGGGGGCGGCCAGAGCAGCGUGCUGAGCGGCAUUAGCCUCUACGACCCCAGGACUCCCAACGUGGGGGGCAAAGCUGCGGAGUCUGCCGCCGACGCGGGCACCCAGCCCAAGGGCCCUGAGGGCAACGGCAGGAGCUCCGCUGCCGCCAAGGCCAAGGAGCCCCCAUUUGUCCGCAAGUCCGCCCUGGAGCAGCCCGAGUCCGGGAAGCCCGGGGCCGAUGGGGCCACGGCCACGGACAGAUACAACAGUUACAAUCGGCCCCGGCCUAAGGCCGCCGCGGCCGCUGCGGCCCCCGCUGCCGCCGUGGGUGCCCCGUCAGCAGAGGGCAGCCUACCCCAGCCCGGCGUGCACAACCUGCCCGUGCCCACCCUCUUCGGGACCGUGAAACCGGCACCCAAGACGGGCUCCGGAAGCCCAUUUGCUGGCAACAGCCCAGCCCAAGAGGGUGAGCAGGACGCUGGGUCCCUGAAAGAUGUGUUUAAAGGCUUCGACCCCACUGCCUCCCCCUUCUGCCAGUAG